AUGGACAAAGAUUUAAGUUGCGUCUUGGAUAAGUGGCGCCCACUUGUAGUCAGCGCCACGGCGGCCCUAGUGAAGAACGACCCACUACCUCGUGGUCUACCGCCUGUACAAUCCAGUAGUGAGUCGAACCCGCAGCCUCGUGAGGAAGGGGCACGGAAAUUGUUUGCCGCUGGUCCCGGUGCUUUUCCGGCUCCCACGAAUCAUGCUUGCGACAUGACGCAGAGUGUGUGCGUUUAUCCGGAUCCCAACACUACAGUAGAUCCUGUUAAUACCAAUUCUAAUGCCAUCGCGGCUACUGCUGGUAGUGCAACUAUUACCGCGGCGAGAACUACAAGUGUGGUUGCCGCUCUCGCCACCGCCUCCACAAGCGUUGAAGUGGCAGGAAGACCGACUGUACCGCAUGAUGUGAAAAGGUGUGUUGCGACUGCAAAUACUCAGAAACAAUCUUUUAACAGUGGCGGAGGGAAUGCUGAACGAUUUACAGUGCAGACUGAUGUGGCACUGCAGGGUUCUGACGGGGGAAGGCCUGUCGCUUCCUCUUCCUUACCUUCGUUUCCUGCACCCUCUGUGGGCUCUUCAGCACAACCGCUAUCGGAAUUGAAGGCAAAUUUGUCGGAGGUGAUAGAGGAAAUCCACCGUCAAAGGAGAUACCGUGAUGAUAUGCUAUUACGGGAGAAUGAGGAGUGUGACACUAGCGAGGUCGUGGAGGAGGCUGACCGCAAAUUGGCGGCACUAGAGGUGCUAUUCGCCAACCUAAGACAACGGCAGCGAGAGCUUCUAGGACGUAACCCCAAUGUCUCUCUUCCUCACGUCGUUGCCACAAGUAGUAAACCCCCCGGUUCUGUUUCUGGCACUUUGAGUUCUGCAAGUGGUGCGAAUGGCACACGCGUUCCGCUUGAUUCUAAUGGCUUUUAUUCAGCGGCAGUGCCUACUCAGGUCUCCGCUCCUGUAUUUGUAUCGCCCUCUCCGGGGUACGCUGGGGCGGCCUUCACCCAUAGCGGGGAGCGUGGUGUCGCACCCCACCAGCUUCCAUCAGUAGUGGAGUCCAGUGGUGGUGCAUUCGGUGAGGGAAAUGGUGCUCACGAUGCAUUUGCUGCAGCGGGACGGGGUGGUGAAGUAUUUUCUGGUGUAGGGGCACUGCGCACAGCCACAGAAGAAGUGGUUGAAGGCAAGGUAGCUGUUUACUCCGCUCAGUUUAAAGGAGGCAAUAACCCAAAUCGCUUCACGUGGGAAUCAUGUGAGAGGGAGCUUCUGGACGCAUCGCUGCACGGUUCCAACCAGGACCCUGUUAGCAUCGCUAAAGCGUCCACGGGGGAGUUUUCCGGGGAGCAUUAUCCGUGGUCGGAAGAGCUGCGUCGAACCAUGGUUGAUGUUUUCGGUCUCCACAAUUUCCGUUUCCUUCAGUUGGAGAUUAUGAAUGCAUGUAUGGCCAAUCGUGACGUGUUCGUGCUCUUGCCAACCGGAGGAGGCAAGUCUCUCUGCUACCAACUACCGGCGCUGUUACCAAAUCCGGCGAAAGUCACCAUUGUAAUAUCCCCCCUUGUUUCUCUGAUUCAGGAUCAGGUCUACGCGCUCCGCGCCUAUGACCUUCCAGCUAUGGCGUUAACUGGUCAGACCUUAGAUGCACCAAGGCGAGACCUCUUUAAUGAGUGGAGUUCGGGCCGUAUUGUUUGCACACUUGUGUAUGUAACACCAGAAUACUUCGGCCGCAGCGACCAUUUCGUGCAGUCACUCAAAAGCCUCGAAAACCGUGGACUAUUGAACCGAUUUGUUGUGGAUGAGGCGCACUGCGUCUCGCAAUGGGGUCACGACUUCCGUCCGGAUUACCGUAAGUUGGCGGCACUGAAGCACCACUUUCCCCAAGUCCCUAUUUCCGCACUCACCGCCACAGCAACUGACACGGUGCAGAGGGACAUCAUACAGACACUUGGCCUUCACAAUGCCGUCUCGUUCAAGGGUUCAUUUAAUCGACAUAACCUUAAGUACUCCGUGCAGAGAAUUACAAGUAAGGCGGGAUCUACCGUGGCAGAAAUUAUUAAGAAAAAUUUCCCCCCACGGUCUUGUGGCAUCGUGUAUUGUAUUUCCAAGAAGGACUGCGAAGAGAUGGCAGCAGUUCUACGGAAAGAGGGUAUCCGCGCAUCUUAUUACCACGCUGACGCAUCUGAGAAGAAUGAAAAGCAGGAGCAGUGGACAAGGGACGAGCUGCAGGUUCUCUGCGCGACGGUUGCGUUUGGUAUGGGGAUCAACAAGCCCGAUGUGCGUUUUGUCAUCCAUGCGGCUAUGCCCAAGUCCAUUGAGGGGUACUAUCAAGAGAGUGGACGGGCGGGCCGCGAUGGACUUUCAUCAAAGUGCUUCUUACUCUUUGCAGCGGGUGACAGGCAACGCCAUGAACAGAUGAUAUGCGGUUCAAAAGAUUCUCAAACUUCUAUGCUUUCGUUGUGCCAUAUGGUGGGUUACACCUUGAAUGAUGUACAUUGCCGGAGAAUGCAACAGUUGAGUUACUUUGGUGAGCAUGUCAGCGAUCACUUUUGCCUAACAGCACCUGGGGAUGUGGAGAUAUGUGAUAACUGCGCAAGCAGGAAAGAGGAGGGAUGGGAACCUGAGAUGAUCGACGUCACGAGUAUUCUUAUAGACUUCUUCAACAUUACCAUAUACAUUGGCUCUCUAACUCAAAAACAGCUAAUUGCAGUAUACCGCGGCACGUCGGACGUCGGGAACAUUGUGGAGAGACGCCUACGACAGAAGGGUGCCCCGCCAGAGUAUCGGAAAGGUUCACGUCACUCCAAGGUGUUACUGGGACGUGUAUUGAAUGAGGGUAUUACUCUAGGAGUGUUUAAGGCGCGAUUCGAGCGGCUGACAGAGUUCGGAGUAUGCGCAUACCUUGACCCAGGGGAUUCAGAGGGCAUCAAAAUUUUGAACAGUAUGAAGACGGGACAACGGAAGAUUCAACUUGUCGUACGGGGUGAGAAACGCGUGCGAGCUAAUAGGGAACGUGAGUCGACGAUCGCUUCCGAUGCGGUGGCCGUUGGUGAACGCAAGGGUAAGUCGAAUAAAAAGGACGCAGGGCGCAACCGAAAGUCCGCUUCAACUAGACGGGGUAGUGGGGAGCAGUUUGAAGAUGAUGAGGAUGAUGAUGAUGUAGCGGAUGACCAGGCCAGAAGACCACAACUACGAUCCAGCAGACAUGCUGUUGCUAGAACUUCAUCUAAGCGGAAAGGGGUCCGUGAUAAUGAGCUUAUUCUGGGCGACUGUGAGGGUUUAGCUUCCACUUCUUUGACUGGCAGGUCUAGUAACAACACCGUUGUUAUUGAUGACGUCACCGAUGGCGAUGCUUCAAGCCUUUCCGAAGCGAAUUCUUCCUCAUCACAGGCGUCGCCUUCUUGUGUGGAAGUGAUACAACAACUGGGAAGGAAGCGCAGUCGAGCCAAUAACAACUCCAGUGAUCGAUCGACUGAGUCGCCACCGGCACUCCCAUCUCGAGUGACGGGCGCUGCCGCAGGCCCCCUUCGCGACAAGGGGAAAAGGCGUACAAGUAAAAGCAAAAGUGCGAAUGCGUUGGGAUCUAAAUCGUUCACACUUGCUGACGCACAGUUGGAGAACAUUAAGGCUUCCUUUCUUUUGGAGCUGGAAGCGCUUUUGCGAAAGCUGGCUGAGAACUCUGAUGGAGGUCGGAAGUACCACGUGAUGAGUAGGAAGACUAUGGAAACGUUGGCAGCCACGCUCACCGAGCAAGGGUGGGGUUCUGUGAGCCAGUUCAGCGAUUUGGAAGGCUUUGGUAAGAACAAAGUGAAAAAGUUUGGUGUCGAUAUAUUGCGACUGUACAGGAAGUUCCGUAAUGAGCACAUUGGAGAUGUCGGCUUGUUGACAGGGUUGGAGGAGGACAUGUUGUUACAGACGACUACUGUGAUAGCGGACCGGCACCGCCUCUCACGUGGAUCGCCGAGUGCGGGUCGAACUGUUGACGAAAGUGAAGAAAAUACGGGAGAGCAUACCCCAUGGAAAGGCAACAAGCCCCCACUGCUUCAGGGUUCAGUCACGCCAUCAGAUUCAGAUGUCACCCCGCAGAAGACGUCUGUGACGACUCCAUACCAGCAGGGGUCGCCAGGCGGAGACCCCGUCAGAGAGGGAUCAUUGCCCACUGGAUCAGCGCCUCCAGUGCCGAUGGGAAGGCCGUCAGCACCAAAGAAAACGAUGUUCAAGAUGAUGGCAGCAGCACCUACAAAUGCGGAGCCACAGCCGAGCCAGCAGCUGUUGAAUAACCCCACGCUGGAGGGUAACACGCUAAAUGAGUGUGAGUUGCCGAUUCGCCGCACCCCAUUGGCCGAAUCUCCAGAACUUUUAUCAAGUUAUACGCAAAUGGCAACCCCGCUUCCACUUCCAGGGCAAUCAAACAGACAAUCUCCAUCAGCAACCGCGUUCGAGUGUGCCUCGCGGGGCGGGAACGCGUGUCUACCGCACCCGGAAGAGCAGCAGCCCAAAGUAGAUAUUAUGAGUGUGGACUACUUAAUGCAGAUGUGCGAUGAAUCCCUAAAGCUUAACGCGUUAGGGCCUCCGGCAGGUGUAGUGCCAUGGGCUUCACCUGAUCCGGUUCUUCAAAAGCCGAGACGUGAUACUCCCCCAGAAGUCUUCACAGUUGAUUCGCAGUGA